AUGCAGGCGCGUCCGUUGGUCGCACCCAGCGCGCCGGGCGUGGCCCCGCGGGGCGCGCGGGCCGGGUCGCGGGGCGCGAUUCGCGCCGGGGCUGCGCCGAAGGGCGAAAUCACGCUGCUGGAUUACGGCGCGGGCAAUGUGCGUUCCGUCGAGAACGCCAUCAAGUACCUCGGCUUCUCGCUGAAGAAGGUGGAGCGGCCACAGGACAUCAUGGCGGCAGACAAGCUGCUGUUCCCGGGCGUCGGCGCGUUCGGCAGCGCCAUGGAGGUGUUGAAGCGCAAGGACCUCGUCAACCCCAUCCAGGACUACAUCGCGUCCGGGAAGCCCUUCCUGGGCAUCUGCCUCGGUCUCCAGCUGCUGUUCGACGGGUCGGAGGAGUCCGGCGGCGUGGAGGGUCUCGGGAUCAUUCCGGGCACGGUGGGCCUGUUCGACGCCGAGGCGCUGCGGCUGCCCGUGCCGCACAUCGGGUGGAACACGCUGGACGAGCGGCGGGCGGGGAGCGGGCUGCUGGGCGGCGUGCGCGGGUCGCGCGUGUACUUCGUGCACUCGUACCGCGCGGUGCCGGAGCCCGGGAACGACGACUGGGUGCUCGCGACGUCGAGCUACGGCGAGGACUUCAUCGCGGCGGUGAACAAGGGCAACGUGUCCGCGUGCCAGUUCCAUCCGGAGAAGUCCGGGAACGUGGGGCUCGGGGUGUUCAAGGCGUUCGUGGACCCGGAGGGGGCGGCGGCGGACCAGGCGGCGGCGGCGGCGGGCGGCGGCGGCUCGCGCGGGCUGGCGCGUCGCGUGAUCGCCUGCCUGGACGUGCGGAGCAACGACGCCGGGGACCUGGUCGUGACCAAGGGCGACCAGUACGACGUGCGCGAGAGCAACGCGGGCGUGCGGAACCUCGGCAAGCCCGUCGAGCUCGCCGGGCGGUACUACGACGAGGGCGCCGACGAGGUGACCUUCCUGAACAUCACGGGGUUCCGCGACUUCCCGCUGCACGACGCGCCCAUGAUCGACAUGCUCAAGGCCGCCUCCGAGCGCGUGUUCGUCCCGCUCACCAUCGGCGGCGGCAUCCGCGGGUUCGUCGACAGCGAGGGCCGCACCUACACCGCGCUCGAGGUCGCCGCCGAGUACUUCCGGAGCGGCGCGGACAAGAUCUCGAUAGGCGGCGACGCCGUCGAGGCCGUGCUCGCGCUGCGGGCGCGCGGGGGCGCCCCGGACGGCAGCACGGCGAUCGAGCAGAUCUCGCGCGUCUACGGGAAGCAGGCCGUGGUCAUCUCCAUCGACCCGAAGCGCGUGUGGGUCGCCGACGGCGAGGACUGCCCGCACGAGACCGUCGAGGUGACGGACGGGAGCCGGGGGCCGAACGGCGAGACGCGGUGCUGGUGGCAGUGCACGGUCAAGGGCGGGCGGGAGACGCGGGACCUGGGCGCGGUGGAGCUGGCGCGUGGCGUCGAGGCGCUGGGGGCCGGCGAAAUCCUCCUCAACUGCAUCGACCGCGACGGCCAGAACAGCGGCUUCGACAUCGACCUCGUCCGUGCCGUCUCGGACGCCGUGUCCAUCCCCGUCAUCGCCUCGUCCGGCGCCGGGAAGCCCGAGCACUUCGCAGAGGUGUUCGAGAAGACGGGGGCGGCGGCGGCGCUCGCGGCGGGCAUUUUCCACCGCCGGGAGGUGCCCGUGGCGGACGUCAAGCAGCACCUGCACGUAAUGGAAGGGCUAAGGAAGCUCGUUGCGAGCUUGCCGGCCCGCGCGGUAGGCCAUGAGUGCCUGGCGCUGCCAGUUGGGCCCUUUCUGUCGUGCCCGGAGCACUUCGCGGCGACGCCGAUCACCUCGGAGCGCUUCAUGGUCGUGAGGGAGAUCGGAUCCGGGCCCAAGUCGCGCGUAUACUCGGCGGUCGACCGCGACACACAGACCAGUGUAGCGCUGAAAAUCGUCGACGUCACGCAGCUCUGCGCGCUCGAAGUGAUGCAGCUGCGCCGCGAAGCAGAGCUCCAGGCCAGCAUGGCGCACCCGGGCGUCCUGCAGGUGUACGGCGCGGUCCUGGGCCGCACGCACUACAUGAUGGUGAUGGAGCUGGCCAACUUCGACCUGUGCUCGGUGUUCGACGACCGCAUGCGCUUCGUGACCGACGCGCGCUGCAUGCGGAGCCGCGAGGCCUGGGUCGCGUCGACCAUCGCCGCCCCGCUCGCCCAGGCCCUCGCCUACAUGCACAGCCGGGGCAUCAUGCACCGCGACAUCAAGCCGGAGAACAUGAUGAUUGCGCGCGACGGGCAGUUGAAGCUCAUCGACUUCGGGUUCGCGAUCAAGCCCGCGGUGCACCGCCCGAUCACGCGGCUGGGCACGAAGGAGUUCAUGGCGCCCGAGGUCGAGCGCUCGGGCAGCCACCCGACGGGCCACGUCGUCCCGCGCGCCCUGCGGCGAGGCUACUCCUUCUCCGCCGACGUGUGGUCCUUCGGGAUGUGCGUCUUCGAGCUCCUGCACGGCCGCACGCCGCACCGCUCGCACGGGCAGGCCGUGGACCCGCUCGCGGCCAUGUCCCCGCUGCUCUCGCGCAACGCGGCGUCCUUCCUGCGCUUCUGCCUCCACGACGACCCCGCCGAGCGGCCCUCCAUGGACGCCGUCCGCAACCACCCGUUCCUCACCCAGCGCGGCUCCCGCGACGCGUCGGAACCCUCCACGAACGACAUGUCCGCGGUGCUGGACGACCGCACCCCGACGAUGUACACGCGCUCGGGCGCGCGCGGCUCCGCAACCACGGCGCUCUUCCCUUCGGCGACCCGCCUCGACGCCCCGGAGAUACACAUCUCAUCCAUCCGCGGGCCGGCCGCUGCCGCCGCGCCGACGAAGCGCGGCCUGUGGGCGCGCAUGUUUGGCUGCUUCGCUGCGCCCCCCGAGCUCGCGCCCCCGGCGCCCCCGCGGCCCGCCGCGCUGGCCGUGGAGCGGCGCGUGCACACCACGGACGGCGUCACGAAGGCCCCCGGGCCCCGCGCCGUGCCCCACGCCGAGCCGCCCGACGACGGCAUUUACACCCUCAAGCUCGCUUGUCCGACGGUGCUGGUGGACCUCCUCCGCCCGCCGUCGCAAGCCGACUGCCUCGCUUCGCCUCCCGAGCCGACGCUCGGCGACUCCGCGCGUCGUGCGCGCUUCGCCCCCCGCCCCGCGCAACUGUAG